AGGAGACGUGCGUGCGACAGUCCAGACUCCAGUUUGGAUUUAAAAGGGCCAGGUCGUGCCACACCACCUUCGGUAUAGCUGCUGUCCGAUCGCCGGCGUAGUGAGCAUACAGCGCCUCGAAUCGGAUACACGUUGUGUUCGCCGCGUUUGUUUUUUACGAAUGAUUUCAAUUGAGUUUAAUUAAAAACACGCGAGUGGUCCGUCGAAAGUCUUGCGAUACAUUCUGAUGCACCGUCACUAUACAUGAUCUCCUGCAGCGGAACACGAUUAUGCAGAAUCCCACGAUGGUAACGCGGUUAUGGUUGGCAGUUUUGAUGGCUGAACUGCUAUUAGUGGUUAAAGAUACGACAGCUUUUGAAAUUCAACUGGCAGAUAUGUCACCUCGUAUACCAAUACCGACGUCACUACCGAAAAAUUUGGUUUUGUUGCAAGGUGAAUCAACAUUUACUGGAUUAAUAACCAAAUUAAAAAAAGACAUAUAUGUUUUAAUACCCCAAGAAACAGAACAAAGUUUAACAUUAACUGUUACACCAUGUAGUUCAAAACUGAACUGGUUUGUAAAAUUCAUUCCCAAUGAAAAAAACCAACAAAUACAAAUUUUGGGUCAAAAAUUCAGCGAAUUAGGAACAAAACUUAAAGAGUAUACAGCUGUUUCGAUACCAUCAAAUUACCAUCGUCCUAUAGCUAAACCUGGCCUUUAUGUUAUAACUGUCCAAGCAGUUGAUGAUGAACUUCAAGUAAGGAUUGAUGUCACCUAUGGACAGAAGUCGCCUUUUAAACCAUUAGGUUUUUACCCGAGUGAAAUAAAAAUAAGAAGAGGAGGUCAAAAAGUAUUUUUGAGGUGGAAAGUAAGUCAAAUCGAUUAUCAUUUGAUUGAGUAUUACUUAAUAAUCAGUACCUCAAAAAUUUACUCAACACUUUGUGAAGCAGAGGGUAGAUUAGAAGAAAAACAAAAGUUGAUCUCUUCGAGUGAUGAUGAUGAUGACAUUUCAAAGAACGAUCGGUUAGAGAUACAGUAUUUGAGGAAUAAAACGAAUUAUACAUUAACUGACCUUGUGUAUAAUAAAACAUAUUUCUUUACGGUCUUUGCAGUGAAUGGUUCACGUAUAACUGCUAUGCAAUAUGCAACUGCAGUCUAUACGUUUUUAAAACCUAAACCAUUGGGAUUAAAGGACGCAAAACCAAAAGUAGUCAAUCUGAGGGCAUUAAGUGGAAAAGUGUCCUUCAGGUACAAGGUAGCUAAAAAGUCACCAUCAUACAGUAAUAAUACAAAUACAUUGUAUUGGUAUGUAAUGUCAUGUAAUGGUGUCGUUGAUGUAGAAAUUAGACACAAAAAAAUUGUUUUGCUAAAAAAGAGAGUUUUUGGCUAUGAAAAAAUAAUAUUAAAUGGUACACAACAAGGAGAAAGAUACGUUUUAAAAGUAAAAACUGUUUCUGUAGAUGAAACUCAACUCGUAAAAACAGUUGAAGUUUUGGCCACUGUGCAUCCUGAGUUAUUUCCUAUGCCAGAAAUACCUAGUGACUUAAGCCUCAAACAAUAUGAAGUAUCUAAUGAUUGUAAAUCGGUGACAAUUGGUUGGCUUCCAGCAAAGUCUGACGAGAUAUAUUGUGUUUAUAAAUGGAAAUAUAGAUACAGUAACAAUAUUGACUUUUGGCCUAAGCCUGAUCAAUGUUCCAUACUAUAUGGCAGAAAUAGAAGAAAUGACAUUGUCUUAAGUAAAAAAAAAUGUUACACGGGAGAUAACUUGAAAGUGAACGUUAAGAAAAUAUUACAGCUGCAAUCAUCUUCUAAAUAUGUUAUACAAGUAACUGUUACAAAACCUAGAGGAAGAACUCUAUCUUAUGAUUUACUUAUGUUGGAUACAAAUAUUUGUGGCCUAAACUAAAUAAAAUCAUAACAUAUGUGAUGCUGGUGUACUUAUAACUGCCGAAAUUUAUUUUUCGUCAGCAUAUACUAACUGUAGUUACUGCAGUCUUCUUUCGUCCUGUAAUUCUUUAUAGUAUUAUUAAGUUUAACUGAUGAUAGAUUAGUAGAUUUUAUGUUAUCUUUGUUAUAAUUAGUUUUAUUAUUUAAAAUCAUUUUAUAUCUAAGAUAAAUUAUUUAUUGAAAUCGAAUAAUUUAACGUUCUAAUGAUUAUGUUGCGUGUGAUGUAAAUAAUUAUUGUAUGUUUUACUGAAAGAAAUAUCUUGUUAGUUAACACAACUAACAAGAUAUUUCGUACGUACAUAAUAAACACUAUUAUGUACGUACGUUCAUUUGAAAGUCAUUAGAUUAAAAAUAAAAAUGAAUUAACAUAUUUUUAUGACGUUAUAUAGUUAUUACAAUAUAUCAUUAAUAGGUAACACAUACAUACAGGGUGGCCAAGCCUGAUCUGAUAUUUUAAAUAGCUUU